AUGACUUGGCCAGAGAAAGUCCUUCGCCAAUUUGCAGUCAUUUAUCCCAAUCCUCCGAUCGAAAACGAAUACCACGGUGCUUACAAUAAGCUUCUGAACACCCUCUUCCCACCAGACACCGAUUUCACUGUUGUGCCGCAGUAUUUAGAGCUCAACUCACCAAAAGGGGCUGAUUUCAUCUUCAUGUUCGAAAUACUCUUUUACAACAAACCAGUCUUUGUAGUGGAAUUGAAGCAGCCAACCCACCUCUUGUACGAUUCAACGCGUCAAGCAGCUGAUGAUCAGUGCCCUAUUCCGACGUUGCAUGGCGUUAGUGCGAUGGGGACUAGACUCUGCUUUUAUAGUUUGGAUCUCACUCAAGCUGAUCCCAAAAUUCUGCCACCCAUCAUUCCGCGUGACCCUUCCUUUUUCAAUGAUACCGCGCCAGCAGGGCGUUGGGAUUGUAGUGUUUUGGAAGUCGAGGGAGAGACAAAGCUCCGUGCUGUGGUGGACGAGAUCAAGCAGGCAUGUGCGCUGGUUGAAACUUGA